UCAGGAUCGCUCCCUACUGAAACAGCCCGUUUCUCUUGUUUUCGUGCCAGAUUUCCUCCAUUUCUGCUCCGUUCGAACGUAUUGCGCGUCAUUUUCUUCGUGGCUGCUUGGUCAAACCUUGUCGUAGCCAUGGAUCAGGACCAAGCGCUGCGGCGACUGCAGGUUUACGGGCGACAUAUCGCACCCGCCUAUUCGACCCCUCCAGAAACCACCGACAACGAGGCUGUUUAUAGCGAAUCCCAGCUGAACUUUCAACCGUGCAGCAGCAGCAGCAAUAGCAGCGUGAAUGGCGGUGCGACCGGCGUGUACGCGUCGGCAACGGGGAAACCGUCUAAGUACGCGUUAAUGCACGGCGCGGUUUCAAGCGCGCCCGUCGCGUGGCAGCCAGGUCGCAUCGAAGGUCCUCCGCUUCAAGACGUGCUCUACGAGACGGCCGUCGGCGAGGGUAUAGCGAAGAUCACGAUCAACCGGCCGGAGAGGAGGAACGCGUUCCGACCAGAGACGGUGAAGGAGCUGAAGCGCGCGUUCGACGCUGCGAGGGACGACGUGACCGUUGGAGUGAUCAUCUUCACAGGGAAGGGCGACCUAUCUUUCUGCAGCGGCGGCGACCAGGCAGUGAGGGGCAAGCAUGGAUACGUGGGAGGCGAUCAGGUGCCGCGACUCAACGUGCUGGACCUGCAGGUUCAAAUCCGACGCACUCCCAAGCCUGUGAUUGCCAUGGUGGCAGGGUACGCCAUAGGGGGCGGGCACGUGCUGCACCUGGUGUGCGACAUCACCAUCGCUGCUGACAAUGCUGUGUUCGGCCAGACAGGGCCCAAGGUGGGCAGCUUUGAUGCGGGCUAUGGCUGCUCUAUCAUGUCUCGCCUGGUCGGCCCAAAGAAGGCGCGGGAGAUCUGGUUCCUCGCAAGGCACUACACAGCUGCCCAGGCGCUUGACAUGGGGCUAGUCAAUACCGUUGUUCCUCUUGCCAACUUGGAAGGGGAGACAGUUAAAUGGUGCAGAGAGAUCCUAAGGAACAGCCCCACGGCGCUGAGAGUGCUCAAGUCUGCCAUCAAUGCUGUGGAUGAUGGCACUGCUGGCUUGCAGGAGCUAGCGGGAAAUGCGACGCUUAUAUUCUACAACACACCAGAAGCAGUGGAAGGCCGUGAGUCAUACUUGAAUGGGCGCGCCCCUGAUUUCUCCAAGUUCCCCAAGCUUCCGUAAGCCAGUUCAACAGGUUAUAAACAAGGCCAAUAUCGAGUUUGAAAAGUGUGACAGUUUGUAUUACAAGAUCAUUCAUGUACCUUCGUAUCCGAGUCAUAUGAUUUUCCGGAGUGGGUGUACAAAACAAAGUG